AUGGAAGAGCAAGAUAUACAGUCAAAACUUCCUGAUGUAUUUGAAUCAAUUUCUCGUAUAAGUCAAGGCGCACCUGUAGAUUGGAAAAAAGUGCAUGAAGACCUUGAAUCUCUUAACUGGCUUGGGUCGGAUGAUACCAAAACUGAAGAAAUUUCCACUGGAGCAUGAGAAGUAACUGAUCGGUGGGGCUUAAGCCUCCUCGAAGAUGAACCCCGCUUCAAAGUUACCCGAGUAAAUAAGGUCAAGCUUUUUAUCACUGAGUCAAUUUACAGCUUGGUUAACUAUAAAGAUAGGAUGUCACAGCUCUGCUACAGUGCCUGCAAAGCUGUGAGUGAAUUAUUCUUCUUUAAAAAAGCAAAAAAUCUAAUUCUAGCUGCAGAAGACGAUGAUUUGGUCACUGUUUUAACAAAAAUUUAUUUAGCUUACCAAGAUUUUGUAAAAGCUGCUAAGAUUUUAUUCAUGCAUUUAGACAAAUAUUUAGUGAGCGACAUGAGAAGGACUUUAACUAAUAUUUUAGAUGAACAAUUUUUGAAAUCAGUGAUAGAGCCUGUAAAAGAAAAGCUAUUAUUAGAAGAAUCUUGCAAAAAAAUAUUGGAGGAGUUUGACCAUGAUUAUCUCCCUAUUCCGGCACCUCCAAUUGUGACUCCACAGAUUACUCAGCCUUCGUACAACUCUGUAUCCUCACAAAGCAAUGGUAAUUCUAAUGGAGACCAGUACUCUAGAAGAUACCCUACUUUUGCCACCGAUGUAUACCCGUCGUCUAAUUCUUAUUAUUCUAAUCCUUAUCAGACUUCUUAUUCCAGAGAAAAUUUAUAUUAUGGGGAAAUCGAUUCUGAAGGAAAACGGUCAGGGUAUGGAAAAAUUAAAUAUUCCAAUGGAGACCAAUAUGAAGGCAAUUGGGAAAAUGAUAAAAGAUCAGGGAAAGGGAUUUAUAAAUGGAAAGAUUGGGGAGUCUAUGAAGGAGAUUUUGAAGAUGGGGUCAUUAAUGGAGUAGGCAAAAGAACUUAUAGCUCUGGGAAUAUUUAUAUUGGAGAGUUUAGGAAUGGGAAAAAAGAAGGACGUGGGAACAUGAAGUUUAAAAAUGGGGAUAAAUAUGAAGGAGAGUGGGUAGAUGACGAAAUGCAUGGAGAUGGGAAAUAUACGUGGAAAACUGGGGAUACCUUUGUGGGAAGGUUUAAACGGGAUAAAAGAGAAGGGAAAGGAAUUCUUACGAUGGCUUGUGGAGACACAAUUGAAGGAAUAUGGGUCGAUGGAGAACUUGAACAAAAAGGGGUGGCUUACUCCCUUGCUGGAUAAGAUAUUUUUGCUCGCUAUCGACUGGGUAAAUUUUAAUUAAAAUAUAAUAAAAUGUACAAAUUUUCAGAUCGACAUUCAACGCACCAAAUUUUUUUUGCGCGUAGAGGUCUGUAAAGUUCAGGUCUUCACUUGUCUAAAAAAAAUUGGCAUGUUGGAGUACCGAUCAGAAAACAGUGUAAUGCUCUAUAUUUCAAAGCAUUAAAAUAUACUUGAAAGGUAAAUUUAAAGUGUUUCAAAUUUUAAUAAAAUUACCUAGAGGAUUUAUUAUAAUCAUCAUAUUUAAAUUUCAAGUUAUUAUUUAUUUAAAAUUCUUAUCCAAAAAAUAUUUUUUAAGAUUACGAAAUUACCAAAAAAAGUUUUGAUCACUAAAAGGAGGAGUUAG